AUGUCACGCCUUACCUCGAGCUAUAUAUCGAAUUACAAGGCCGUCACGGCGUGCAUCCAGCCGACUGCUGACCCUCCCAUCGCACACUUCCCCUCCUACACACGCACAUGUCUCUUGCUAUCGAUACCCCAUCGCCCUCCGCCCUCCGCCCCCUCCGCCCCGGCCAUGGCGUCGUCGCUGGCCCUGACGCUGGACGUGUCGAGUCCGGACGCAUCGCCCAACCUUACCGUGUUGCGCUUCGCGGCCGGUUUCUACCACGAUGUGCGGGCGUGCAGUGGGGCGCAUGAGGUGCAGGCGCUGCAUCGCAGAUAUCGCGACCGGAUCCUGGCCGUGGAUGGCCUCGCCGCCAACAUCGCCGCCGCCCUGCGCCCGCUGCUGCAGACCGACGAGCCCGCGGCGCUGCGGACGGCGAGCGAAGCCCGACGCUGGGCCGAACUGGACGAGGUCGCCCAGCGCGCAACCAACAAGCGCGACCGCGAGAGCCAGAAGCUGCGGUGCCAGUCGGCCAUUGUGGCCGCCUGGGGCCCGGACGUCUUCCACCACUACGGCUGGCAAGACCUGCCCCUCGACCUCGUGCGCCGCCUGCACGACCUGGCUGUGCUGAUGCCGCGGUGGGAGGAGGUGGUGCAGGUCCUCAACUCCUACCUGCUCGCCCGCCACGAGUCGCGCGUCCUGCACGGGCGCAACCGUGACUUUCGCAUCGGCGAGCACUCGACCAGCUCGACCGUGCAGGACCCCCGCUCGCCCGUCGAACGCAGAGACAUCUUGGCCGCCCUGGAGUGGGCUCGCGAAAAGGCCCGCUCCCCCGAGGCCCGCUGCCGCGUGCGCAACGCCGUCCUCGAAAUCGACGGCACCCCGAUCAAGCACUUCGGCCUCCAGCGCGAUGCCUACGGCAUGGUCGUCCCCUCCGCCGCCCUCCCGCCCGCCGGUCCACGACCGACCUUCCCCGGCCUGCUCCGCCGUCCAGCUGCAACGCCCCCCGGAGCCGACGAGGGAGAUUCCGAGGAACACAACCCAGAGCGUGCGCGCAGUAGGCGGCGUCGUGCCGCCGGACAGAGCUCCGAUGACGAGCGUGGGCCUUCCGUGACCUCUGGCGAAGCUAGUCCCUCGGCCGAGCUGGCUCUGGCCCGGUGGCGCGCGAGCGGCGCCGCUGAUGUCGCCUUGUCCUCCCACUCGAGCCCGUCGGCAAGGACGGGUCCCAUUGCGCCGCCACUCCGGCUUCUGAACGACGCUUCUGCAGGCAAGGCGCCGCCACGCAGGAAAAGACUGCGGCAGUCCGCCGAGAGCCCGGGGAGCGAGUCCCAGGAAGACGAAACCGAACGUGAUGGUCCGAGCCCUCACAAACGGCCGAGGACGUCAAGUGCCGAGACACUUCCCAAUCAAUCGGACCUGCCGCCGAGGCAGACCCGCCGCCCCUCCACGCCCAGCGAUUACGUGCCUAGAGCACCCGCUCCCAGCAACGCCGAGCCAUCCCACCCCGUCGCUGAGCAAGGAAGCUCGAGCGACGACGAAGAUGAAGAUGCAGAGGCCGCACAAGAUGAUCGCACACCCACAGCAACUGCCGCCAUUGCACGAGACCCGGCGAAGCGACGCCCCGACGCG